CGGGGCGGGGCGGGGCGUGCUUUGCCUCUGCUCCGGCGGCGGCCUAGAGCGCUGCGACGAGCGCAUCGCUCAGUUCUCCCGCGUGUCGCCACCUUCAGCGGAACCUCCGCCUCCUCUGCUGCGCCGCCGGCUUCCUCCUCUUCAGGCUGCCGUCGACCCGCACGCCCGCCGGCUCCGUAAUGGCGACCCGCAGCCCCAGCGUCGUGAUUAGUGAUGAUGAACCAGGUUAUGACCUAGAUUUAUUCUGUAUACCUCAUCAUUACGCUGAGGAUUUGGAAAAGGUGUUUAUUCCUCAUGGACUAAUUAUGGACAGGACCGAGCGGCUUGCGCGAGAUGUGAUGAAGGAGAUGGGAGGGCAUCACAUCGUAGCCCUCUGUGUGCUCAAGGGAGGUUAUAAAUUCUUUGCUGACCUGCUGGAUUAUAUCAAAGCACUGAACAGAAAUAGUGAUGGAUCUAUUCCCAUGACUGUAGAUUUCAUCAGACUGAAGAGCUACUGUAAUGACCAGUCAACAGGGGACAUCAAAGUCAUUGGUGGAGAUGAUCUCUCAACUUUGACUGGAAAGAAUGUCUUGAUUGUUGAGGAUAUAAUUGACACUGGCAAAACAAUGCAGACCUUGCUUUCCUUGGUCAAGGAACACAAUCCAAAGAUGGUCAAGGUCGCAAGCUUGCUGGUGAAGAGGACCCCUCGAAGUGUUGGCUAUAAACCAGACUUUGUUGGAUUUGAAAUUCCCGACAAGUUUGUUGUAGGAUAUGCCCUUGACUAUAACGAAUACUUCAGGGAUUUGAAUCAUGUUUGUGUCAUUAGUGAAACUGGAAAAGCAAAAUACAAAGCCUGAGAUGAGAGUUUACGUUGAGUUCGGAAGCAUCUGGAGCCCCACUGAAAUCAUCAGUAGAAUGUUCUAGUUCUGUGGCCAGCUGCUCCAUAGAGCUUUAUUGCAUGUAUCCUCUCAGAAUUUUAUCCAUUUUGUAUUUUAGAAAUGCCCGUUGCUCCAUUCCUGAAGUCUUUAUUUGCAAUACGAGCCUAUAGACUAUCCGUUCUCUUGGCGUGGAGUGUUGUUUGACUUGUGAAUAAAAAAAAAUCUCUUAAGCUACACCACUAUCGAAUGAAAAUAUUGAAAUUGUAUCUGUAAGAAACAUUUAAAGAGAAGAUAUAUUAGUUUUUUAAUUGGUAUUUUAAUUUUUAUAUAUUCAGGAAAGAACAGAAGUGAUUGAAUAUUGUUAAUUAUAUAUCACUGUGUGUUUAAAAGAGUAAGGAGCAGUCAGUUUUCCUAUCAGCGACAGCAUCUACAGUAUUGUCUGUUGGGUAAACCAUAUGUCUUGGAAUUAUUUUACUGUUUCAGCAGGAUUGUUUUCUCCCGCUUGUUCAGCUUGUUCAGAUGAUUUCUCGGGAAUCUGUGUCAACAUUUCCUUUUAAAUACAAAUCAGUAAAUAAAUUAAAAAAAAAAACAAACAAACAAACCAAAAACCCGUUACCACGUUUUGAAUUCUUCAGUGUAAACAUCCCUACAAUAAAGGCUGUCUCUUUAAAAGAAA